UACCUACAUUGCAAAUAUAUCAGCAUUCAGCAGAGAGAGAGAGAUACUAAUUAAGUAGAUAGCAUGGCUGUCUUCCACACCUGGGGCUUCACAUUCGGUAUCUUAGGUAACAUUAUUUCAGUUAUGGUGUUCCUGGCUCCAAUGCCAACAUUCAUCCGAAUCUACAAGGAAAAAUCAACAAUGGGAUUCGAUUCGUUGCCUUAUGCAGUCGCCCUCUUCUCAUCCAUGCUGUGGCUCUACUAUGCAUUGCUCAAGACUAAUGUUGUGCUUCUCAUCACCAUCAAUCUAUUCGGAUGCCUUAUUCAAACUGCCUACCUCUUCAUCUUCUUCACUUAUGCUUCCACAAAAGCUAGGAAUCACACUGCCAAGAUUCUUGGGUUGAUGAAUGUGGGGCUGCUUUGUGUCAUAUUUGCGGUGACAUUCUUUGUAUUCGAGGGGACGACUCGAGCACGAGUGGUUGGAUGGAUUUGUGUGGCAGUCUCCGUAUGUGUCUUCGCAGCUCCCUUGAGCAUCAUUUUUCGAGUUGUCCGAACACGAAGCGUGGAAUUCAUGCCAUUUCCUUUGUCAUUUUUCUUGACACUCAGUGCAAUUAUGUGGUUCGCAUACGGUUUGUUCCAAAAGGAUUUGUGUGUGGCGCUUCCAAAUGUAAUGGGAUUUUUGUUGGGGAUGAUACAAAUGUUGGUGUAUGGAAUAUUCCGGAACAAGCAAUUGGAAAUCAAAGCCUCUGCCCCUUCUACUCCUAUUAGUAUUACUAUUCCAAUUUCUACUCCUAUUACUACUCCUAUUAGUACUAUUCCUAUUGCUAGUAAUGAUCACAAUCCAAUUAGCAUAAAGGUGGUUGAGACCGCAGAGAUUCAAGACACAGCUCUCCCUUGCUCAAUGGCUGCUGAACCACCCCACCUCCACACACCUCUGCCCAUGCUUGUUUGUGCAGCUACAUAAUUUAUUCAUAUUUACUCAUUAAAUCCUGUGGUCCAUCCAUGUAUUUUUCUCUGUUUUCUUACCUACCUACUCAAAUAAAUUAAACACCCUUAUUUUGUUUUA